GUUAUCAGGUGAUCACUUUUGCUUCUGAAACGUAAGCACACUUAGGUUUCGUUCUCCAGCGGGGAUAAAUAGGCUGCGAGUCACUCCGGUUCUCAUACCUGGCUCACACCUGAAGAACUGAAGACAUGGCUCCAACACUGUUUGACCAUGGUGCAAAGCCCGGGGACCUGAUCGAGAUCUUCCGUGGGUCGUAUGAGCACUGGGCCGUCUAUAUCGGUGGAAAUGAAGUUGUUCAUUUGAUUCCUCCAAGUGUUGAUUCGGGCCCUUUCGGUAACCUGUUGAUGCUCCUGGACAGCAGCAGAGCAGAGGUGAGGCGUCAGAAGAUCUGGGAAGUGGUCGGCCGCCAUCGUUUUAUCAUCAACAACCUCCUGGAUGACGAGUACCGGCCUCGCGAGCGUCGCAUCAUCGUGAGGGAGGCCUGCAGGAUGGUGGGCUGGGAGCUGCCGUACUCUACCGUCACUAACAACUGUGAGCACUUUGUCACGGAGCUACGAUACGGCAAGCCAGAGUCUCGACAGGUUGACAGAGCAGCCGUGAUUGGAAGCGCAGCUGUAGCCGGUGUGGGUAUCGCAGCUUUGGGUGUUGCUCUGUUCGCCGCCUUGCUAAAAGAUGACGAUGACGACCACAGAAGGAGACAUCAGAACUGACGGCAGUGAGACAGAAAGAUGAAAAAGGAAAGACCUUGCCAUUGUUUGAGUCAACUCACCUGGCAGUGGUUAUGAUUUAUACUAUGUGAAUAAACUAUUGCACAUGUGCAAACUGAAAAAGUUGGCUUUGUUGGUGUAGUGCUGUCAACACAUAAAAAUACAACUUUGGAUAAGAUUGAGGCAAGCUGCUCUGGAAGAAAAUUAAGUUAUAGGAAAAUCUGUGGCUGUUAUAAUGUUAUGGUUGAUAUUGGUGCUUGUCGAGUUAACUUCAUGGCUGUUUGUUUAAUGUCUGAAACAUGAUCCAUUCGCCAUAUAAGACAAUUUGUAAGAUUUAUUUUAACUCAAGUGACGAGUGACGUAAUCUUAUUUUAAGACUUGAAUCUAUAUGCUGUAAAUAAAUGUUUGUAGGAGCCAUCCAUCACAUUUUUGCUAUUUGUUUACUGUAUUAUUCUUUUGUGAUCUGUCCUUUAUUGUAUUAUUACUGUAUUUAUAUGUGUACAAAAUAAAUGUAAAUCAUUACAGAAAAAGAAAAAUGUUUUGUUUUUUUACUUUAGAACUUUUUAUUUAAGGACAUUUUUAUUUAUAUUUUCAAGAUUUAGAUUAAAAAGUAACAUUACAUGCAGACAUAGUUGGUCAUAUGUAUCCCCCCCAAAGCCUCAGAGUCCAAACGAGUAAUUAAUAUUCAUGUUUUCUUGGCAAACAAUCCUGGUUGACAGAGAGGUACUGAGUGUAAAAUCAGAGGGCAUGACGGUGAAAAGGCAGACAGAGGAACAGGAGAACACGGAGUAAUGUUUUUCUUAUGGCCUGGUUAAGAGCUUAAAGGGUGUUUAUCCCCCCGUCGUCUCUGUGCCAGCAUUGUGCUGCAUCACAAUCUACCACUGUUCACAUCGGGACCCCCUUUACAGCCGGGGCAGGUGGACAAGACCAUGUGAUCUACAUGCUGUGUGUGCAACCUCUUGUUUCUCUGUCUUCGUGAGGACCAGUUAGACUUAAAAACCUUGAGAGUGAGGACAUUUUGGAGAGUGGGGGCAUUUUUUUUUGGAAGUUGGGGCUGUUAAAGGGUUAAGACUUGAGUUAGGCAUGUAGCCGCAAUGUUUAACGUUACGGACUAGGAAAUGUAUUAAAUUAAUCAUGGUCCUCACAAGUACCAAAGUACAAAAAGUGUGUGUGUGUGUGUGUGUGUGUGUGUGUGUGUGUGGCUUGUAUUAGUCAUGUCGUGGGGACAUAUAUCUGUUUACACAGUCACAUUGUGGGGACCCGCCCUCCUUUUGAGGACAAAAUGCACGUCCCCAUAUUAUAAAUCAUUACAAUUUAGGGAGAGGACUUGGUUUAAGGUUAGGGUAAGGUUAAGUUUAGGUUAAGGUUAAGGUUAAGGAAAGGGUUAGGAUAAGGUCAAUGUAAGGAUCAGACAGGUCGGCCCUGCAAAGAACAAAUGUGCAUCUUGUCAACUAACUUUCUCAGUCAUGUUUAAACUCUCAGUUUCAAAAAUAAAAAGUCAAUCUGUACAGUA